AUGGAAUCCAUAACGCCCCGCGCGGCACGGGCGCCACGAUGGGUGCGGCCGUCUCUGGGCGUCUUCCGUCCGACCGGGCCCUCUUUGCCCAAUGCGUUCCCGGAGCGGUCGCGCCAAAGGAGGCUCCUUCUCAUGGGCGCAGUGGCGACGCUGCCCGUCGCAGGUGCCGGCGCGAACUCCAAGACGCUUGCCCAGGAGCUGGGUGGGAGAAGCCAACGCAGUCGCACAGAGGUGGCGCUUGCCAUGCUGCGGCUGCUUCGAGGUAUCGACUACCUGUGGCUGAGCCUCGGGAUCCUUGGUCUCCUUUUCACUUCCUUGGCCGAGGUCGCCUCGCCUCCUCUGGUGUCCGCAGCACUCUUCGCAGCCGUCCAGGGACUCGGGCGGGCUCUCCUCUGCCAGCGCGCCACCGCCGUCGCAGCCGCUGCGCUAGUGGGUGGAUGUGCUGAGUGCUUGAAGAACUUUGCUUUCAACAUGUUACGCAGUCGGCUUGUGGCGCGACUGCGCGCGGACACCUUCGACGCCCUGCUGGGUCAGGAGCUGAGUUUCUACGACGAGGUGGAUGCGGGGGAGCUCACGUCACGUCUGAGCUCCGACUGUAUGUCUGUCUACUCCUACCUGAGCGACGUGCUGAGUUUCUUCCUCCGCUCCGGGGCUGUCACCAUAGCAAGCCUUCUGGCACUCCUCCGCCUGGACUUGGCGACGACGGCGCGGCUUGCUGCACUGCUGGUGCUCCUGUGGGUCUGUUCCGAGUGGUACGGCCGGGUGACGAGAUCUACCGGGCGCAAAACGCAGGACGGCUUAGCAGAGUUGGGCCGCGUUGCGAACGAGGCCUUGUCGCUCCUGCGCACCGUGCGAGCUCUUGGAGCUGAGGCCUUGCACUGCAGACUCUUCCGGAAGCGGAAUGCCGUGAUUGAUGCGGCGCAGCGUGAACGAGGCCUGGCGCUAGGCCUUUUCUCCGCGGCGGCGAACGGCACGCCGCCACUACUGUCCGCCCUGGCUUUGUUUUUCGGCGGCCACAUGGUGCUGACUGGGCAGAUGACUGGGGAGGCGUUGGCAACAUACCUGCUUUACCUGGACACUGCGGCAGACGGCGCCCUUGAGCUGGGUGUGGAGUGGUCUUCGUGCAACGACGCACUCGGCUCGGCGGAACGAGUCGUGGCCUUGCUGGCUUCGGCGAAGGGCGCGGCAAAGAAUCGCGCCGGGAGCCGGUCCAAAGGAGCCAGGGGCGACAUUUGCUUUCGUCACGUCCGCUUCGCAUAUCCCUCCCGACCACAACGGGAGGUACUCACCGACCUCUGCCUGCACUGCCCGGCCGGGAAGACCACGGCCCUGGUCGGCUUCAGCGGCUCAGGGAAGUCAUCACUCUUGGGGCUUCUCCUCCGCUUCUACGACUUGGAGGAGGGAGGGGGCUCGGUGACCUUUGACGAUGUCAACAUCUCGGAAUACGACCCUGCCUGGUUGCGCAACCAUCUCGGGGUCGUAGGUCAGCAGCCAAGGCUUUUCCGUGCCAGCAUCAAGGAGAACAUUGCCUGGGGCCUGCGGGGCGUCUCCGAAGCCAUGGUAAAGCAGGCAGCAGAGACCGCGAGAGCCGCAGAGUUCAUCGAGUCUCUGCCGCAGGGAUACGACACCAUUUGUGCGGACGAUCGGCUGCUCUCAGGAGGCCAGCGCCAGCGCAUAGCCAUCGCGCGGGCCCUCAUUCGAGACCCGACAGUACUUCUGCUGGAUGAGCCAACAUCCGCCUUGGAUGCAACGAGUUCGGCGGAGGUCUCGCAAGCCCUGGAGCAGGCCCAGUGGUCUGAACGGCGCGGCGUGCACCGAACAGUCAUCAUUGUUGCCCACGACCUGCGCCUGUCCAUGGUCCAGCAUGCGGACAAGAUCGUGGUGAUGGAUGGAGGUCGGAUCGUGGAGGAAGGUCGGCACGAGGAGCUGUUGGAGCUAGGCGGCAGCUAUACAAGGUUAGUUCGAGAUCAGCGACUGCCCACAGAGCAUACGCCGCACGUGUGA